AUUUACUGACGUGUCACUAUACCACGUCAAUUGUCCUUCGUCUCCAGUGUCCAGACUUCGACUCUACAUUGGAAAAAAACCCUUAAUUCCGAUCCCGAAUUUAUAAAAGUUUGUACUCAGUCCUGAUGGCCGGUGGUAGCGGUGGAAAGUACUAAAGUAGACGUGCAGGAACGCUUUCGAUCUUUGUGCAUGGGCUUCUCAUACAUUGAUGUAACGGGUUUUGGGCGGAUGGGAAUAGCAUCCAGAUCAGAUCUUGGUGAGCGAUUUGAAUUGGGUAUGAUGCUGCACUAUUGACUUGAAUUGAAUAGAGAUUUAUAUAAACAUGGAAGGACGGAGGUUAUCGGCGCCGUGCUCGAAUCGAAGGAUAUUGGCUAAUAAGAAAAGGGUUAGGCCAGGAGAAGGAUUCGUAAACAGCGUCAAAAAGCUUCAAAGGCGAGAGAUUUCUUCCAAGCGUCAUCGCGCUUUAACCAUCACCAAUUCCCAGGAGAGGUUCCGGAACAUGCGAUUGAUGGACGAAUAUGAUACUCACGACCCCAAGGGGCAUUGUUCCCCGAUAUUGCCUUUUUUGAUGAAGAGAACAAAAGUUAUUGAGAUAGUGGCCGCACGGGAAAUCGUCUUUGCUUUAGCACAUUCUGGUGUGUGUGCAGCUUUUAGUAGAGAGACAAACAAGAGGAUAUGUUUUUUGAAUGUUAGUCCUGAUGAAGUAAUCCGGAGCUUAUUUUAUAAUAAGAACAAUGACUCACUUAUCACAGUGUCCGUUUAUGCUUCAGACAACUUCAGCUCUUUGAAAUGCAGAUCCACAAGGAUUGAGUACAUACGGAGGGGAAAACCGGAUGCUGGUUUUGCUCUGUUUGAGUCCGAGUCUCUGAAAUGGCCCGGGUUUGUAGAGUUUGAUGAUGUUAAUGGAAAGGUGCUAACCUACUCUGCACAAGACAGUAUAUACAAGGUAUUUGACCUGAAAAACUAUACCAUGCUUUACUCCAUAUCAGAUAAACAUGUGCAAGAAAUCAAGAUCAGUCCAGGAAUCAUGUUAUUGAUUUUCAAUAGGAUAAGCAGUCACGUCCCUCUCAAGAUUUUAUCAAUAGAAGAUGGCACAGUUCUCAAAUCAUUCAAUCAUCUACUUCAUCGAAGCAAGAAGGUGGACUUCAUAGAACAAUUCAAUGAGAAGCUUCUUGUUAAGCAAGAAAAUGAAAAUCUUCAGAUUCUUGAUGUUCGAAAUGCUGAGAUGAUGGAAGUUAGCAGAACUGAGUUCAUGACUCCAUCUGCAUUUAUCUUUCUGUAUGAGAACCAGUUGUUCCUGACAUUCAGGAAUCGAACAGUUUCUGUUUGGAACUUUCGUGGGGAGCUUGUGACAUCAUUUGAGGAUCACCUUUUAUGGCAUCCUGACUGCAAUACAAAUAACAUAUAUAUUACAAGUGAUCAGGACCUUAUCAUAUCUUACUGCAAGGCAGAUUCUGACGAUCAUUGGAUGGAAGGAAAUGCUGGGUCUGUCAAUAUCAGUAACAUCUUGACUGGGAAAUGCCUGGCUAAAAUAACUGCAAGCAGCAGCUGUCCCAAGGUCGAUGAGUGCAGCAGCAGUGCAGGCAGCUCAAAACAGCCAGAUCACUACAGGGUGAGGAGCACGGUUGCAGAGGCUCUGGAAGACAUCACUGCCCUUUUCUAUGAUGAAGAACGGAAUGAGAUUUAUACGGGUAACCGGCAUGGUCUGGUUCAUGUGUGGUCUAACUGAAAUUUAGAUUGUUCAUUAAUUUGUUAUGGGCGCUAUAAGAUUGCUGCCAGAGGAUUGGUUUUUCAUUUGGCUCUGUAUCAUAUAUCAAUCAUCAUGGGAUAACGUAAGGGCACUGCCCUUUUUCACGAGGCUUUCGAAGUGAUCUUGUAUUGUAUCAUUUGAUUUGUGUGGUUCUUUUGAACAAGUAUUUUGUA